UGUGUUUGUUCUUGGCAGAAACUUAGGAACCGUGGGCGCUGUUGCCUUGGACAGCAAAGGGAAUGUGGCUUACGCAACCUCCACGGGGGGCACCAUUAAUAAGAUGAUUGGUCGCGUUGGGGACACACCGUGCAUCGGAUCUGGAGGUUACGCCGACAUUGACAUUGGAGCCAUUUCGACCACGGGGCACGGGGAGAGCAUCCUGAGGGUGAACCUGGCCCGGCUCACCCUUUUCUACGUGGAACAAGGAAAGACCCUGGAAGAGGCUGCAAAGACGGCGUUGGAGUAUAUGAAGUCGAAGCUCAGCGGCUUGGGCGGUGUCAUCCUGGUGAACAAAAAAGGCGACUGGGUGGCCAAGUGGACGUCCACCUCCAUGCCCUGGGCAGCGGCCAAGAAUGGCAAGCUGUAUUGCGGCACCGACCUGGGGGACACCAGAGUCACUGACCUCAAGGUCUCGUGAGGAUG